AUGAACAUGGACAAGCUGGGUGAAAUUUUCAGUAGCACCGUUGGAUUGAUGCAGAAUGCCGUGCAAGGUUUGGCUCAGAGAAAUUCCACGAUAUAUAAUUUACUAUACAUGAGUGACAAUAUGCAAAACAAGGGUGACUACGAGGAGCUCCUUCCGAAUGAAAUGAAGUUUAACAAGCAGCAAAUUAUAAAAUGGGUACUGGGGGCCAUUCUCCUCUACAUCCUCGUCACCAUCCUGUCGUAUAUUUUCGUGAACUACAUUUUGUUCUACGCAGUGAUCUUCAUCGUCGCGGCUGUUGCAAUCAAAUUUUACUUUUACUAUCAGCAAAAUGACGAGACUCCGUUGCUGCAGCAGACGAAUUACCACCACUUUGAAGCGCACAGCAUUUGA